AUGUAGGAAGACAUGGAUUUUCUGGAAGACAUGGUUUUUUUGGAAGAUGUGGAUUUUCUGGAAGACACCCCUUUGUUGGAAGACAUGGAUUUUCUGGAAGACGCACCUUUUUUGGAAGACGUGAAUUUUCUGGAAGACACACCUUUGUUGGAAGACGUGGAUUUUCUGGAAGACACGGCUUUGUUGGAAGACGUGGAUUUUCUGGAAGAUGCCGCUUUGUUGGAAGACAUGGAUUUUCUGGAAGACGCACCUUUGUUGGAAGACAUGGAUUUUCUGGAAGACGUGGAUUUUCUGGAAGACAUGGGUAGGUUGGAAGACAUGAAUUUGAUGGAAGACACAGUUUUGUUGGAAGACAAGGAUUUGCUGGAAGACAUGGAUUUCCUGGAAGACGUGGAUUUUCUGGAAGCCAUGGAUUUGAUGGAAGACAUGGAUUUUCUGGAAGACUUGGAUAGGCUGGAAGACCUGGAGGUCAUUGGAAGACAUGGAUUUCCUGGAAGACAUGGCUUUUCUGGAAGACAUCAAUUUUCAGGAAGACCCGAAUUGUCCGGAAGACCUGGAUUAUUUGGAAGACAUAGAUUUGCUGGAAGACUUGGAAGUUACUGGAAGACAUGAAUUUUCUGGAAGACGUUAAUCUCUAGGAAGACAUAAGUUUGCUGGAAGACCUGAAUUUACUGGAAGACAUGAAUUUUCUGGAAGACGUGGCUUUAUUGGAAGACCUGGAUUUAGUGGAAGACAUAGAUUUUGUCUGGAAGACAUGGAUUGAUUGGAAGACUGGAUUUGGUGGAAGACCUGGAUUUUUCUGGAAGAUCGGGAUUUGGUGGAAGACGUGGAUUUUUCUGGAAGACGUGGACUGAGAGGAAGACCUGGAUUUCUUUCUGGAAGACUUGGAUUUUUACGGAAGACGUAAAUUAGCUGGAAGACUUGGAUCUGGUGGAA